GUAAAGCCCACACUAUAUGCUGACGUCAGAUCGCAGCUUCCACAGUGCUUCAUUUCGUUCAGUCGGGUUAUGGAACUUGUGUAUCUGGAUUAGCAAGUUUGUUGUAACCAGAAACCACUCCUGCCUCAUGGGAGCACCAAUGGCUGAGUCUAAUAGCUGUGUCAUCAUGUUUAGCCAGUCUCUUGGUGAACUUGUAUGAUCACAUUUUGCGUGUGAUUUUCUUUUUUAGAUAAAGGAAUCUAAAAUCAUCAGAUGAUUUUGAAACAACUCAUAGUUCAUUCUUAUUGAAACAGAGCUGGGUAUUGCUUCCUUUCUAUCAGGUCACUUGCAGAUGCUGCGAUGACCUCAAACUGAAAUUGAAAUCCUUCAACAUCAGCUGAUGUUUAGCACUGUUAAAGCUUCAAGACGAAAAAACAUAGAAGCGUCAUUGUAAUAAAGAAUACAAUUGAGAGUUUAAAAGGAUCUUUAUAAGAUGAGCAGUCAGGCAAACCAGUAUUCGUCUGUAGAGACGAGCAAACAUCCCAGUCACUUCACAACUGUAGAGGUUGGCGAUUCUACAUUCACCAUCCUUCGUCGCUAUUGUAAUCUGCGACCUAUUGGUUCUGGUGCUCAAGGCAUAGUAUGUGCUGCAUGUGAUACAGUCUCCGGACAGAAUGUUGCUAUAAAGAAACUGAGCAGGCCAUUCCAGAAUGUCACACAUGCUAAGAGGGCAUAUCGUGAAUUUGUCCUGAUGAAGCUCGUCAACCAUAAAAAUAUUAUUGGACUCUUAAAUGCAUUUACACCACAGAGGUCACUAGAAGAGUUUCAAGAUGUUUACCUGGUGAUGGAGUUGAUGGAUGCUAACCUGUGCCAAGUGAUACAGAUGGACCUUGACCAUGAGCGUAUGUCCUACCUCCUGUACCAGAUGCUCUGUGGUAUUAAGCACCUGCACUCAGCAGGCAUCAUCCACAGGGAUCUGAAGCCCAGUAACAUUGUGGUUAAGUCCGACUGCACCCUAAAAAUCCUAGACUUUGGCUUGGCACGCACCGCAGGGACCGGCUUCAUGAUGACUCCCUAUGUGGUAACACGCUACUACAGGGCUCCAGAGGUCAUUCUGGGAAUGGGAUACCAGGCUAAUGUGGAUAUUUGGUCUGUUGGCUGCAUUAUGGCUGAAUUAAUACGUGGAACAGUCAUGUUUCCAGGCAGUGAUCACAUCGACCAGUGGAACAAAAUUAUUGAGCAGCUGGGAACACCUAGUCAAGACUUCAUGAUGCGCCUCCAGCCCACCGUUCGCAACUAUGUCGAGAACCGACCAAAAUACCCAGGCUACCCCACUGAAAAGCUUUUUCCUGAUGUCUUGUUUCCAGCAGAAAGUACUGAGCACCAAGGUUUGCGUGCUAGCGUAGCACGGGAUCUUCUAUCCAAAAUGUUGGUAAUUGACCCAGAAAAGCGAAUUUCCGUGGACGAGGCCUUGCGCCAUCCAUAUAUCAAUGUUUGGUAUGAUGAAUCAGAAGUCAAUGGGCCAGCCCCAGCACCAUAUGACCAUUCUGUUGAUGAAAGAGAACAUACUGUAGAGGAGUGGAAAGCUUUGAUAUACCAUGAAGUGAUGGAGUUUGAGAACAGAGAAAGACAAAAAGCUAUGCAACAGCAGAAUCACAAAGAUGGUGCACCUAGCAAAGCAGGUGAUGGAGGAAAAGUGGCUUCAUCUAAUCAAAACCACCAUUGAUGUCACUGGAACUUUUGUGUUUUGUGUAUGUGUGCAUGUGCAUCAGUCUUUUGGGGACAGAGAACGUCCUGCAAGCGUCACAGAUGUGGUGCCACGUUUAAUCUCGCCAGGUAUUCCCACACAGUUUGUUGUUGCGUUUCUGUGGUUCUGUUAACCAACUUGACGAUGCAGAGUGUGAUCAUAGAAACUUAGGACUGUGGGCUGCAUGAAGGCCAUUGCCAGUAUGCAAAUGUUGUGGUGCAGAGAGGGGCACACAGUCUGGAAUAUCACACCUGCUACACAACCUAAACAUACCUAGGCAUCUAGAACCAUGGGACUGCCUGUCCAGUGCAAUUCAUCACUCAUCAUGUUGGUUUGUGUUAGUUCUCUGUUGUACCAUUUGCUGUGCAUGUGGUGACAGAAGUGGGGUAAGCUCAGGUGUAGGACAAGAACCUUUGCAACGACCAGCAUGCCACAGCUCUCUAGACUGCACUUUGGCCACACAGAAGCAUCCUUGGUUUUCGUGACAAGGUGACCCUCAAAGAAAGUGUCUCAAGUUUGGUGGGAGUGGCUCGACUUCCAGACUUUAUCACUUUAAGAGAGUGCCCUAGGGAAUCACUCAUUCCUCAUGUCUGAGAAACGGUGAUACAGAUUUCUUACUCAUUCAGAUUUUCUUAGAAAUAUACAUUUAAACAUUUUCUUUCCCUCACACAUACACACACAAACACAGUUUUAUUUCCCUGUACUUUGCAUGCUUACAUUUAGACCAAUACACCUGGCCAUUGUUUUUGUAUCAUAGUCUUGUCAUCAAGCAUAAUUUAUUUCAGUUUUAGCAUGUCUUUCAUGCUAACAGUGGUCCUCAGGCAAGCAGAUGAAAAGGAUAGCUGUAUCUGCCAUUCUGUAUUUGUUGGCAUGUAGAAUACAGGGUUUCGACUCAUUUGUCCUGAUGGGGUGUGGGAGGUGUAACUUCCAAGUAGCUGAGUUUUUUUAUUUUGUUUUUUUUUUUUUGUUGUUGUUUGUUUUGUUUUGUUUUUUUGGGUUUUUUUUUUACAGUUACUUCUGUGGCCAUCAGUGUUUUGACAGGCCAUUACUACUCUAGCAGUUGCAUAGCUAUUUGUGCAUGCUGGAAGUGAAUGGAUGCAUGAAUGUUGUGCAUGGAUGGGUGGGGGAGGUAAAAAGGUCUGUAUAUUUGAAGGUCAGUUUGUUGUCAUGUAUAAUCCGUUGGCAAAAAUGGCUCCAUGAAUGGCAUUUGUUGUGUUGUGUAGUGUGUGCUAGAUACUGGUAUGUUGUUAGUUUGGGUUUUUGUUUUCCAAAAAAAAAAAACAUUCAUCUUUGUAAAGGUCUAUUUUAAACACAGUAUCCAUGUACAUGGAGCAUUGUCGCAUGUCAAGCCUGUGCAGUUGUUUUAUGUGUGACAUGGCUCAAAGUCCGUUUGACUUUCUCCAUAAGAGCAGCAAUAGUAGAUUAUGCAGCAGCACACAGACUCGACAGUACUGCUUGCUCAGUACUUUGAUGGAACCGCCCCACGUGACUGUAUUUAAAUCAAGAGCUUUCUGGUGACCUCAGUUGUGAGAUCAGGGAUAUCGAGACUUAAUAAAUCAAGACCCCUUCAAAAUCAGGGAUGUAGUUAAAAAACAAAAAAGAAGAAGAAAAACCCUGCCCUUGUGUCACACUGUAGUAAACAAGCUUGUUGAGUACAUUAGUUGUAGCCAGCAUGUCGUCCUCUUUCCACUGUUAGAAAUGUAAAUACAUUUGGGGCUUGUCUUUGUUACUUGAUCAUCACAAACUGCAUAGAGUAUAUGGGCUGUGCAUAGGCAGUUCCUAACCUAGUGAUCUUAGUUUUCCAACUAGUUUUAGAGGUAUAGUGUCUCUUUUUAUCUAGCUUUGAAAUCUUUUAGGUCACCUUUUUAUGUUCAUAAUCACCAAAAUGUCCCAUGUAUCAUUUUGUUUUUUAUAUGCCAUUCCAUCAGUCAAAUGUCCGAGAAGCCAUGCAGCUGUGUUCAUAAAGCAGCUUUCCUUGCUGAACGAGUCUCCUUAAGGAAUGAGAUGAAAUGGGAAUGUUUGUUUUAGAAGACAUGAUUGGGCUGGCCCCAGAUUCAGUUGACUUUGUAGCUUCACUAUGGCUGCUUAGCUUUGCACUGGGAGAUGUGAGUAACUGGGUAACAGCAAAGAAUCCACAAUUUCUAAAAAAAAAAAAAAAAAGCUAAUAAAAGUACCAUUCUUCGUGCAACUUCCUGUGUGUUAUGGAAAGGUAAGAAUUCUAUAGGUUGCAGCCACUGGGGAAGGGAAAUGUGUAUUUACCUUGGCAAAAGAAACUUCAAAAUGUUUAACGCUUAACUAAUGCUUGGUUGUCCAAGGUACUUUUAUUGCAUUUCUUAAAUAAUACUUAUUUGUACAUGUUUUAUUAAGCAUAUUUCAGCAUCAAAAUGUAAAAAAGGAUUUUUAAGAUAAGGUCAUAAUACCAUGUUACAGUUACUCAGAUCUUACCAGUUGUAAUGAAGGCGCUCAUGAACAACAAAUGUAAAGUAAAAUUGAAGCUAUUAUCAGUUUAGUGCAGUCCUUUUGCUUUUGAGCUUUUUAAGCAUUGUCUUGCUUUUAUCUUGAUUGUUGACAUAAAACAUUUUGUAAAGUUGAAGAUUUUCCAAAGAAUUUUUUAGAGGGUCAUGAUUUAAGAGAUGGCUUUGGCUAGAAAUAACAUAUACAAGAAAACUUUGGUUGUUUAAAAAAAAAUGUUGGUGUGGAAGCGCAGGACAGACAGCUGGGCUCAACUUCACAAAAAAAGUAAAGUUUUUAUAGUCCCACUCUAAAUUGUGCUUGUUAAAUUGAAAUCUUGAGCUCAUGGGAUAUUGUUUUAUGUGGCUUGGGUUGAAUGAGUCCUGAGACAACUGGACAAUAUUAGCAUACAGUCAUCCAUUUGGAUCAGAACAAAGCCUGCACCAUCUCACUCUUCUUUUUUAUUUAUUUACAACACAAUUGGCAGAAUUGUCACUGUGUAUGUGGACCUGGAUGCAUAUGUAGAGGCCACAUUUGAUGUCAGGCAGCUAUGUUGGUUUCCCAGGAAGGCGGCCGUUUUCACAGAGGCUGCAGCAGUACAGAGGGAGCUGUCCUGUUAAAAUUAAGCCUCCUUGGCAAUACAGAGAGAGCUAUCCUGUUAAAAAGUAAGGCAGCAGGAACUGAUGGAAGUUGCUGGUUCCUGUACCUUAAUGUCAACUGCCAAGGAUACUUGUAAGAUAACAGGUUUCAGGCUAGGUUUAAAGACUAUGGGUCUGUGUAAUAGUCAUCUGUCACUAGCCACACUUUUUAUAGGGUUGUUGGUGAGAUGCUACCAACUCCACAAAGUGUAGAGCUUGAUCCAGAUUCUAUGAUCUUGAGUGGAUAUUAAGAUUUCUAUUUGUCUUGCGGAAACAAACAUUUUCCAAAAAGUCCUUUUCUUGAUCCACAAGCAGCCCAGUUCUAGUUUGGCAUAGAUGUAAAGAAAAAAAAAUUGUACAUCUUGGGGAAACUCCUGCUUGAGGUUGAGUUACUUUGUGAACAUAAUAGACUUACAAUUGCUGCUGGCAUUCUCCAAAUAACCUGCAUCUAGCCCAUAAUAGCUACCUAGGCCACAAAUAAAGGUCUAUUAAAAAGCAGUUCAUGAAUGUCAAGGUCAUAUGUAUUGUGCACUUUUUUCCCAGUUCAGAAUUCCAACUUGGCACUUGAAGAGAUGCAAAUAAAGGUUUCAUGAAAAUG